AUGGUUUGCGCAGCGUCAUCUUUGACGGUGGAGUCUUACGAAGAUGUUACUACCAGCACGAUGGCUUCAGGAAGAGAAGAAGCCAAACCCUUAAACAAGAGACGACAUUCUUCCUUUCACCCGCGACGAAAAAGCAGUGAUCAAGUGCUGGAUGGCGAGGAAAGUCUUAUGCUUAAGGUCGAUGUAUUCCUGUCAGAACUCGAGCGCAGAUUAGACUUCAUUGAGAAAUACGGGAAUCUCACCUUCGAUUCGAGCAUCCUAUGGUCGUAUGCAACAUUACAGGCUGUGAGGGAGAGAUGCUCGCAGGUUUCUGGCGAAGUGCUAGGGGCUACGAAAAGGAGGGCGAGAAUCAUGGUUGACACAGUUGAAUCGAGAUACCAAGAUGCUUUGGUUGCGCAUGAAACAUUACAUGAGAAGGUCCAUACGGGAAUUGGGUUGUUAGAGGGUAUUCUAUCAGAAUUCGAAGCGAGAGCAUAUAGAGUAAAGGAGAAGGGAUUAAGGGGUACAGCGGAGAGCUUGAUGGACGAAGGGCGCAAAAUCGUGGACGAGAGUUUGGGAAAAGCCAGAGAAGUGGUCGAUGAAGGUUUCGAAAGAGCCAAGAAGGCAGCCGGGACGGUAGAAGAACACAUCGAAAACGCUAUAGCUCGAGCGAAGAAACAUGGACUCAUCAGAUACGAAGACUUGCCUACUCCAUGGCGGGUCAACCCACAUAUCGUCAAAGGUUACCGCUUCACUGAAUCAAAAGUGGAAUGCGUCCAAUCGAUGUUCGGGUUGUCAAACGAAACUGUCAAUAUCUGGUCGCAUGCAAUCGGCUUGCUCAUCGUCCUAUCAGUCGCAUUUUACUUCUACCCCUCCAGCCACGCAUUUUCUCUUAGUACGAAAGCCGAUGUCUUCAUUGCAGCAUGCUUCUUCUUUGCUGCUUCUAAAUGUCUAGUCUGCAGUACGAUGUGGCACACGAUGAAUAGUGUAGCCGAUCAAACGCUGUUGGAAAGAUUCGCUUGUGUCGAUUACACCGGCAUUUCCUUACUCAUUGCUGCUUCUAUCAUGACAGCAGAUUACACAGCAUUCUACUGCGAGCCUGUAAGUCGCUGGGCAUACAUGGGCAUAACUGCUGCUCUAGGUUUAGGGGGUGUUAUUCUUCCUUGGCAUCCAACCUUCAAUCGACAAGACAUGGCAUGGGCACGUGUCGCCUUCUACGUCAGUCUCGGCGCAACUGGUUUCGUCCCUGCCUUACAACUCAAUCUCACUCGCGGUGGAGCAUGGGCAGCGGAAUUCUACGCCCCACUUGCAAAGAGUAUUACAGUCUAUCUAGUUGGAGCAUUCGUUUAUGCUAGUCAAGUACCUGAACGAUGGUGUCCAGGUGCCUUCGAUUAUGUUGGAGGUAGUCACAACCUCUGGCAUUUCGCAGUAUUGGGUGGCAUCCUCUUCCAUUACGUAGCGAUGCAAGAAUUCUUUGCAAAUGCAUUUGCGAGAGCCGAAAAUGGCUGCACGAUGUACUGA